CGACGUUCCACGACUCGUGAUGACGCGGGCUAGUGCCCGUCAUCAUUGGGCUUGAAAGCCAGGAAUGCGGCACGGCUCUGCGCUAAGCACGCGGUAGUGCCCACCCUCCAUCGUGCAUUUCUUUGUUCAGAAACAGAACGGGAAGCCAUCGUCAAGUGACACGGGCUGAAAGCGGCUGGGCGGCGGCACCUCUCCCACCCCCGUCUUUGUGUGCUGGACCCCAAAGAGAGGUAGCAUCACCAACGCAAUCAAUAUAGUCUGUUGGGCUCUUGGACACGCUCCAAACCCAACCAACCCCUCAACAAUGCCUCCCGAUCCCAGCCUGUGAGCUGAAAACUGAAAAGUGAUACUAUCUGAACAUGGACACGGCUCAUCACGAUGAUGCAGGUCUGGUCAGGGGCCUGGGAAUCGUCAUGGACGCCGAUUUCGCACCGCCAAAGCAUUCGGCUGACUAUGAGGCAAGGCCACUGCCGGCGAUCCCUCCAAGGACGUCUUUCUCCAUCCCAGACAUGAAGGCUGUGUUCAAGACAUCAAAGAACAACUUGACCAACAGACAUGUAUACGACUGGGACAGGCAAGUUGAUGAUAUAUCACUCAAUACGGAUUGCCGCACCGGAACACCGCGGAGCCGCUCUCUGCCCGAGAAUGAUGGGAGCAGUAUCCCAACGACGCCGUCCAACGAGAUACUCUCCCCGCAGCCGAGGCAUAGCAGGCAGAAGAUACUACGACUCACUGGCAACAUCAGCCCCUCUAUGGCUCUGGCCUCGUUCGAACCAUCGCAGCAUAACUCACAGCAGAAGAUCAAACAAAUCACCGGGUUGGAUGUAGGCCCCAACAUCUCGAGCGAAAGCCCAUCGAAUCCGCUGCUGCAUCCCUUCCAAGAUGAAGUGUCACCCGUGUCGCCGAGUGAAAGCACCUACUCUGUGGAGGGCCUCGAGGCGACAAUCAGCGAGCCCGACUCGGAAUUCUCUGAUUACACCCUGCACAGCGACGCCAACGGCGUGACGACACAGCUUACCGCACCCUCCUUCAGUGCGUCCCCGAGCCGGCCGGUCUCGACAGGCCCAGAAUCCCCUCCCACAAAGGUCCGACUGAGCAGCUUUGCUAUGCGGGAACCAGACACGGACGGCCAGCGCGAGCCACUAACAGAUUUCAAGGCCCAUUACCGACGUGGCAGCAACAGCAGCUUCUGGGCGUCGUCAAGGAAGAGCUCGGCCACCGUCGUCCCACACUACGCCAGUGGCAGCAGCGACACGAUCAAGUUCAGCCCGCGCGCCUCAGUAUCCACAACCAGCGUCGUUGAUGCUGGCUUACCGUCCCCCUUGUUCAAGCAGCGCAGUCUGGUAUGGGACAACAGCCCAGUCGAACACCAGACGGCCGAGACCGGGCACGACCAGGCCUCGCCGUCCUCCAGCCCAUCGCCUCCUCAUGCCUCCUCGACGUCCUUGGUUAACGUCAAGCCAGCAAGCCUUUCGGACCGCCGCACAUCCAAUAGGGGCCGCGUGCCUCCGCCGCUGGAGCCAAACGGCGAGCACCCCGUGAAGCCGCCCCGCAAGUUUAGCCCUCCCCAGCGGACGCCUUACCCACCCCUGCCCCCGCCGCCGACAGUAAAUUACAGCGCCUUCGACGCCGACUCGGACGACGGGAAGCGUACCUCGUUCCUGGGCAAGGUGUUCCGCGGGGGCGCCAACGCCAGCAGCCACAGCAUCACCAGCAGCUACAAGCGGCGUUCGCGCGGGCCCCCGACGCCCUCGGAGCAGAACUUCGUCUCUACCACCUCCCUGCCCUGCGGCGGCGGUGGGUUCAGCAGCACAACCUCGCCCCUGUCCCCACCGCCCAUCCCGGAGUCCCACCCGCAGCGGCCCCAGGGGCGGGAUACGCCGCGGUCAUCGGCCGAGGGAGGAGGCGCACGUGGGGGGUCCCAGGGUGCCGGGGGCAGGCCGCUGUCGGGUGGGGCGGGGCUGUUCCAGCGGGCGCGGCAGAGCGUGGGCCUGCGGAGCAGGUCUGAGAAGCGGAGGAACACGCUGAAGGGCAAGAUCGGGGCUAUUGAGACGUAG